AUGUGGCAAGCUGCGUACUAUCAAAUAAAAACGCGCACAAUCAUCGACGAUUUAAACAGUUUGGAGAUUCAGAGCCUCGUCCCAGUUAUCUGCUCCUGUAAGAAUGAAAGUAUUUGCUGUGUCUUUGUUGAUUCUCGUUUGCCUUUUCACUUGCGGGGAAUCCCAGACAACAUUAAAGACGACCACCAAGGUCCCGCCAACAACCACGAAGCUUGCGCCGACAACCACGAAACUACCGCCGACUACUACGAAGCUACCGCCGACAACUACAAAACUACCGCCAACAACCACCAAGCUCCCUCCAACAACUACGAAACUACCUCCAACAACUACGAAACUACCGCCAACAACCACCAAGCUACCGCCACAACUACGAAACUACCGCCAACGACCACGAAACUACCACCAACAACCACCAAGCUCCCGCCAACAACCAUCAAGCUCCCGCCAACAACCACCAAGCUCCCGCCAACAACCACCAAGCUCCCGACCACAACUACGAAACCACUUGUGACGACAACAAAACCUUCGACUCUAUCUUCUUACUGUAACAUUAAUACGUGCAGUACGCCAAGCGACAAUACCCUCUGCAAAUAUUCGAAUACCACCUGGGGAGCAGCUUGCCAACCAGCAUAUCCAACAGCGUCAAGCAUCAACGCUGAUGAAAUCAAAAUAAUUUUGCAAGCGCAUAAUGAGUACAGGCGUAGGGUUGCUCAGGGUCUCGAAACUCGCGGCAAUCCAGGUCCCCAACUAUCGGCAUCUAAUAUGAGACAAUUGAUCUGGGAUGAGGAAUUGGCCGUGAUGGCGCAAACGCACGCCCAGCAAUGCGUAUUCGAACACGACACUUGCCGUGAUGUCUCUCGAUUCCAAGUUGGUCAAAAUAUGUACGUUGGUGCAUCUUCGGCCAAUAACCUGAACACAUCUAACUGGCAACUAGCUGUAACUGCAUGGUAUGAUGAAGUCGACGGCAUGGCGAAUGACUAUGUCACCAGCUUCCCGGAAAAUCCACCUAAAGUCAUUGGUCAUUACACCCAACUUGUAUGGGCCACUUCCUACACCAUAGGCUGUGGAGUGGCUUAUUACCAAUCUACAGCUGUUUUUGGUGUCAAGUUUCCGUACAAUCGAUUGUACGUGUGCAAUUACGGUCCAGCUGGAAAUUUUAUCGAUUCACCAGUCUACGAGCAAGGAACAGCUGGAUCUGCCUGUCCAUCUCCAACUUCAAAUAAUAAUGGACUGUGCGCUUGAAAAUGCAUUUCUAAUAAAUCC